CAAUUCCGUUUAGGAGAGCGACUCGCGCGCACUUUCACGCAAAGCUCAGGUUUUCCCUUUCGUUCGUUGCAAAGAGAUGUGCCUUUGAUUAUGUCAACAAAAAUAUUUAUCGUAAAAUGACGCUACGCAUGGGAACUGAUUACCGGUGACGACUUGCAGCCAGCAAAUUGUGGCCGUGUUUUGGCAGACAGUGAUCGGAUUUAAGUGACGUGUGAGUGUCCAGUGAUUUUAAAACAAUAAAAGUGAAAAGUGGUACAAAAUAAACUAUCAAAAUGACGGGUUUCGUGAAAAUCGCCAUCGACGAUUACUAUUCGGACAACAAUUGGACAACCAUCAUAAACAAGUACUGGAUGUUGGCAGAGCGAGUGUCAGAUCCCAGAGUGCAAGGAUGGUUUCUAUUCGACACACCGCUACCGACGUUGGCCGUGGUGAUCGCCUACCUCGCCUUCGUGAUGGUGGCAGGCCCCCUCUGGAUGGCCAACAAGAAGCCCUUCAGGAUACAGAACGUUCUGGUGGCAUACAAUGCUGGACAAGUUUUAUUGUCACUCUACAUGUUUUAUGAGCAUUUAGCGUCCGGAUGGUGGGGCGACUACAGUCUCGCUUGCCAACCUGUAGACUACAGCGAGAGUGAUAAAGCCAGGCGGAUGCUACAUCUCUGCUGGGUGUACUACUUCUCUAAGCUAUCGGAGUUCGCAGACACGAUAUUUUUCGUGCUGCGAAAGAAGAAGAGUCAGAUCACGUGGCUGCAUCUCUACCACCACGCCCUCACUCCCUUCGAAGCCUGGUUACUUGUUAAAUUCAUCGCUGGCGGUCACGGAACCUUCUCGAACGUGGUGAACAAUCUAGUGCACGUGAUCAUGUACAGCUACUAUAUGAUGGCGGCGAUGGGUCCACAGUAUCACAAGUACCUCUGGUGGAAGAAGCAUCUCACAACACUACAACUCGUGCAAUUUUUCAUGGUGCUAUUCCAUUCAAUAAGCGCAUUGCUAUACGACUGUGGAUAUCCGAAGCUCAUCGCCUCCGGUCUGAUCCUACAUUCGACAAUCUUCAUAGUGUUGUUCACAAACUUCUACAUGCACGCAUACAAGAAGGAGAAGGUAAAGCCGCUUGUAGUCAACAAUAAUAACAAAGGAGAAGGAAUUACUGAAGAUACCAACACAAGUGAACAUGCUAACGGUCAUAUCAAAGUAAAUGGUCAUAUGUGUAAUAAAGUAAAUGGACACAUAUCAAAUGGUUACAUCAGUAACGGUACUCUGUCUAAUGGAAUAACCAAAGCCAGUUUACAUGAGUCACAUGAUGAUGUAUUGCUUUAUGAAACGAAUGGAAUAAGUAACGGUGUCAAUCGCCAUAUUGUAAACUACAAUGGCACAGAAAAAGAAAAGACGCAGUAGUUUAUUAUGUUUCUUGUAAAUAUAUAAGUUACAUUAAAGAGAAUUAAGUCACAAUUAUUGUCACAAUUUAUAUAACAAAGUGUAAUUAAUUUGGUGUAUUUUAAGCCAGAUGUAAGAGGCUGCUAAUUGUUAAUAAUAUUUCAUUUUACCAAACAGGAGAAGGCUAUCUUCCAAAUGAAUAGGAAAACGAUAAAUAAAUCGAUCCAUUCGACGAAAAAACUUACUUCAAUUUGAGAUAAUUCAAAAGAUGUAACUCUUUUCAUUCCAUGGAUCGAUAUUUCAGUAUUAAAAAACAACUGGUCAAUUAUUUAAAUUGUAAUUAAAUACAGACAUGAAGCGCUUUCAUUUUAGUGAAUAAUUAUAGUAGUUAGAAAGAAGAAAGCGCUUCGAUGAUGUUAUUCUAAUUACUGUUUGCCACCGACGCAACAGCGGUUAGGUUGCACGGCACAAACGAUACCA